CAUGUCCAAACACACACAUGGACACACAGGGGUGUUUUGGUCGGUAUGUUGUGUGUGUUAAAUAUACUACAGUGAAGUCACAUUUAUCACAUGAAUGGAAAAGUACAUAUAGUAAAAACAGUGACGUAGGCUGGGUUUUUUCUGGCUGUGUACGUCAGUGGGGCUGCGCAUGCGCGGUGGUUGUUGCAGAGUCACUGCUAAUGCUGUGACUGUAAACAAGAGUGAGGAGAAGGAAAAGAAAAGUCUGGAAUUAAGCUGUCAUCCGCCUGGUUCAUGUCUGCUUCUGUAAGGGAGAGAUUAUACUUCGCUGUGGAUUUUGUGAUACAAGUAUAAUCGCCCAUGUGAAGCCCUUUAAUAAGGCAGCCGUUCGUGUUUUUGCGGAGACCGUCGCACAGAGUUAGCCUGUGAAGCUAACCUAAGCUAGCCAGUCCCGUUAGCUUCCCUUAUUUGUCGCUAGCUUCGCUGGCUGGUGAAAUCCGAAGGCCUUUUUGUGACUGAAAGACGCUAUAUGCUCUGGGCAUAUCUCUCUUUAUUGCGACCAGGAUAUCCUGAACCCUGGGUGGCUGGUCAGAGCAGCCUCCUCCCAACAUGGAGGCAGGAGGAAAGGACUGUGAGGAUGAAACACUGCAGUCAGCCUUUAAGAAGCUGAGGGUGGAUGCUGAAAGUUUACCUGCAGCUGUAAGCGCUUCAGAGGCGUCUGCUCCCAGAGGAGCAUCACGGGCUUGUCUGGACACAGGCGGGGCUAAACCCAAACUGGGCUGCACAAAAGACAACUGGCACGGAUGCAGUAGGAAAAGUUCCAGAGGAGCGUCCAGAACGCAGCGCCGUCGCAGGUCCAAGUCGCCCAUCCUCCACCCCCCUAAGUUCACCUACUGCAGCGCCGCCACAGCAUCCAGUGGCUGUUUGAAGCAGCAGCGCCUGGCCGUCCCUGACCUGGCCGAGCCUUGUCCUGCGGUGGACGGAAGAACGCUGUCCUCCAGAGCUGCCGCCCCCCCGGCCCAUACGGACCUGCCCCCCCCAGGCACGCACAGUCACAUGACACAUCCUCUGGUUUUCGGAUCCUCCGCCAGGUACGACACACGCGUUAUAGAUGCAGCUGCCGGUUCCACGCCGUCUUCACCACAGAUCCCCGCUACCGCUCCUACCGUCGCCACCCCCCCUGGAGACGCGCGGUCGAGCGAAGACGGCGGUCCGCAGAAAAGUGCCUGUGACGGAGCGGAGCGUGGAGGCGCUGCAGAAGCCUCUGACUUCAGAGCGCUGUCCAACAGCAGCAGGACGGCACCGGGCCUCCGCCCCCCCUGCUCCUGCGCACGCACAAAGGCUUCCGAUUCGCAGCCGGAAAACCCUGAACGGGAGGCGGAGCCUCAGUGCCGCUGCCGGGCCCGACACGUGGGCUGGAACGACGUGGAGGUGUACUCCUUCACCGGCCUCCGCGACGUCAUCUCCGAGUGCGAGCGGACCCUGGCGAGCCCCGGGGACGCCCUCAGAACUGUCAGCACCACCGCCAACCCCAACACGAGCGCGUCGCCGGCGUCAGCACCGGCGUCGUCAGGCUCUCCUCGCUCGUGUUCGGAGCAGGCGCGAGCGUACGUGGACGACAUCACAAUAGACGACCUUUCCGGAUACAUGGAGUAUUAUCUAUACAUCCCCAAGAAGAUGUCACACAUGGCCGAGAUGAUGUACACUUAAGAAACAAACAUAUGAUUAUUAUUAUUAUUAUUAUUAUUAUUAUUAUAUCAGAGAAGGAAUUAUUAAGGUUAAGGUUAAGGGUUUUUUUUUCUGUCAUUGAGGAACAGACGGCUUAUGAGGAAUGUCAGUAGUGGAUAGAAAAACAGACCAGGCAUGAAGGUUGGAACUGAAAUAAUACAAAUUAAAUUCAUUUGAACCCAGGCUGAAAUGCCCCCUAACCCCCCCCCCCCCCCCCCCUGUUUGAGCCCCUCCCCCUCUCAUUUGGCUCGAUCUGCUGGGUGCAUUCCCUCCACCUGUUUGUCUUCAGUUUCAGCCCUUCCUUCUUUUCUUGCUCUGGGUAACUUGGACAGUUUUGCGUUUACAUACACAGUUGCCAAAGCUCUGGUGCAGAAGGACAUGAUACUGUCGUAGGAAUAUGCAAAGGUGUGAUUAUGUUUGUGCUGUUGUGACACUGAAACUGUCACCUGUCUGGAUUCAAUUUCUCUCAAUAAAUACGCAGAUUUUGUUGAAAUGGU